AUUACCUACAGUUUUAUUUAAGUUUCGAAAACAAUUCAAUAACCAAUUACUUGAAUAAAGGACAAACAGCGAACAAAAGAGCAACAAAUCCAUCAACAAUCAAACAAAUUAGUAUAGAAAUAAAAACAAAUUAUCAAAUAUCCAUGAGUAUUAUUUCUAACAAUUCUGUGGGCGUUAUACAAGUGGAAAUUCAUGAAAACAUAACGGAUAAUCUGGAAAAGCGAUCGUGAAAAUCAAUAAUACGGCGUUUGUGCAAUGUCGCACAAAAAUUGCUUCGUAGGAAAAACAUAUGUUUUCCUUCUUGUAUGGGAAAAGCUUCUAAGUUUUAUUUAACAAUAUUAUUAUUGUAAUAUGACACUAAUAUCUCUUGCAGCAGAUUUUUAUUAGAAAUGGUCCAUCAUAAGACUGCAACUUAUUCAGGAAUGAAUUUAAAAGGUGAAUUAAGAGAGAGCAUCUCCUUGGACGAUGACGAUUUGAGCGACGUUGAAGACGAAGUCUUCAUAAGGGAUGGAAAAAAUGGAUACAAGUUGGCCGAAGAUCUGAACGUAAAAAGGCCGUUAAUGGCCCCGAGAAGAAAACACGGAAAACAUGAAUCCAGAUUAAAACCGAGGCCCAGUUGCAGGGCAUUGUGCAAACCAUGCUGCUACGUUUUAGCUUCACUAAGCAUUUUGAUAGGUUUAAUAGUUUUAGUUGUUGUCCUAGUAUCAAUUUACCCUGUGCCGUUAGACAAACUCAGAGAUUGGAUUAUUUCUAAAGCUAAAACGUCACAAGAUGGGUCUAAAGGCAACUUGCCUUGCACUAGUUUUAAAGUGAGUAGUAUUUGGGCUGUAAACUUACCAGCGCUUACUACAGAGUCGCCUGUAAGGGCUUUGGAUGUUGAUGGUGACGGUAUUGAAGAUGCCUUGUUUGGAUUUGGAACUGGCGACAACUAUAAUCUGUUUGCACCAGAUGUGUUUUGUCCGAUAUUCCUUGGAGUGUCGACACCGUGUGAAGGAGGUUUGAUAGCUCUAAACGGGAAAAAUGGAGAUGUAAUUUGGAAGCGGUGGCUUAACGAUACGAUUUUUGGGCUGCAUUGUAAUGCUGACAUUAAUUUAGACGGUGUUGGUGAUUGUUUAGCUGUAGGAGUCGGUGGGACAAUUAUGGUAAUAGAUUCGAAAACAGGCACCGACAUAUGGCGUCUUAACCCAGGCAAAACCAACGUAUUUGUGGCCAAUUUCAUCCAAGACCAAAACAAUGACAACAUUACAGAUGUAAUAACAUCCCAUUCCUUAUUACAAGAUAAAACCUUUGGCCAUGUGCUGAUUCUUUCAGGCAAAACGGGUCAGGAAUUGAAAAGAGUCGACACACCAAAGACUUUUUUCAUGCCUCAAUUGCUUCAACAAAACAGCACCUCGACUCUAGUAUUAUUUGGUACAGGAACUCCUAAUGCUGCAGGAAAUUUGAGCGCAAUUGAUUUAAAUAAUAAUCAAUCUAUUACCCUUUACGAGGAUAAAUUUAAAGGCAUUUUGACUCAAGCAGUUUUAGUUGACAUCACUGGCGAUAAUAUUGCCGAUGUAGUUUCGUCAAUGUACAACUCAACUAUUGUAGCAAUUGAUGGUAAAACUUUCAAAACAAUUUGGAAUUAUACUAUUCCUAAUGCUGUAACUGAUAUGAGCCCUACUCCAGCUUACUUCAAUUGCGAUAAUAUCACUGAUUUUUUAGUUGUUUAUCAGAAAUACGAUAGUAUUUUUAAUUAUAAUUACACACAGACGUUAAUCAUUGACGGAUUCACAGGUCAACCGAUUUACCAGCCAAUGAGUGGCGGAAUCGUCACUCAGAUGAGCGGUUUAACUUUGAGCAUGGAAGGAAAAGGGCACGAUAUUUAUUUGUUUUGGACUAGCGAGUGUUCGAAUAAUGAAGCCAGUCAAGUAGAUGUUUCAAAGAAAACUGGAGAAUACUCGAAAGUCCACGAUGAAUGCAAAAAACAAUUCAACUCAACCACCAUACUAAAACUAAAUGGAUUAAACGAGUAUCAUCAACCUCCUGGUAUCGCCAUUUACAAUUCAGCUUCAAACAUCUUAUUCGAGUACAACAAUACAAAAUCGCCGAUAAAACUGCUUAAAGACUACCUUGAAACACAUCCGAUCAAUUCGGGACAAGCGGAAAUAAUGUCCAAAAUUUACAAUGGAGAUCCAGGAAUUGGCAUCAUAAAAUAUGGAAAGUCAAAUUUCAGGCACAAGGAUAAGCCUAAUGAUAUUGUCAAGAAUUUCAAUGUGCCUCAGGAAAAUGACAAUAGUUUGCCCAAUAAUAUGCCUAUUUCCGAGGAACAACCCAUUGACUACAACAUCUGGAUGCCAAACCAAGAAGAACUGGAUUCAGAAUUUUCAAAUUACAAUCUGGCUGACGACAACAUACCAUACAAUCAAAAGCAAAUGUUAUUUGACGAAGUCAAAGUAGACGAUAACAAUAGAGACCCUAGAAGCAAACAACAAAACCAAAAAGGCCCGAUUUCAAAAAAGAAAAACUUGGCAGACAAAAUUUACGGUUACCACAAUCUCCGGUUGGCUAAAAAGCGGUUGUUGCACGACGACGAAUCAUUGCCAACCGAUAUUAUCAAAGACACUUAUUUCAAAAACGAAGAAGCUCGUUUAAGGAAAAACAAGUUGGAACAGCGUGACGUCAAUUCGCAUCAUUCGAUGGACAUUGAAAAGAUUCUAGAAAACCAAAAAAGAGAGGCGUUAUUGUUGAAUCAUUCAACCACUCUAUGGGACAUUGAAACUGAAAAUGAAUUAGGAGAAAGAGACAAUCAAUUAUCAUAUUUUAGACGAAAAAGGCAGGCCAAUAUUGCCUGGAAUAGUGUUUCAAAAGUGACAUCAGUAGGCGCAGUCCUGAGUGCCUUUAAUUCAUCAAACUCUUCAAUUGAUGUUGUUUUUGUGAAAUAUUGGCAACCUUUAGGAAUGAGCUUGCAAGAUUUGAUGGCUGAGGAAUGCAUAAAUGAUAAAAAAUCAGAACAAGAGUGUCAAGAUGAACAAAACAGGUUGAGGAGAAGUUUUGCUGAUUUUGAACGAUUGGCUCAAUUAAAAUUGGGCCAAAUGACUGUAUACAGAAUGAGGAUACAGUGCAACUGUGACAGCAGUUAUGAUAAAGAGAUUAAGGAAAAAUGCGUUAGGUUUUUGCCUAAAAAUGCACAAGGCUGGUCCGAAUAUUUAGGCAGAAAUGGCGAUGGAGUUUUCACAAGAUAAAUCAUUAAUUGUAUUAAAUAACUACUUACUGUAGUCUAUUUAGUAGUAUUUUUUGUAUAUUUAUAUCUACAUACUUGAAACUUUUAUCUAUUUUCCUAUAAUGCGUUAGAGUUUGCCAAUAUUGUUUCAAGAGGAUUGAAUUAAUGAUUGAAACAUAGUUUUUUUUUUUGAAAUUUAAGUUGAUCGAUUGAGGCUGUGUUAAAGCAUCCAAAAUAUUCUUGCAGUAGACACUCUUUUAUACUUAUAAACAUUUUCACAAUCAAUAAAAUUAAUUUAGUUUAUACAUAGUAGCAAAAAUUGUAUAUUUAAACAAAAUGAAUUUAAGUAAAAUUAAAUUUAAUUUAACAAAGGCUUUAAUUUGAGCCUAAUUACGUUAAGAUAUCGGAUUGAAAUAAUUAAUGAAAUCUGUAAGGCAAAAUGUGUGUCAAUGUCAUUUUGGAAAAAAAGAAAGUUCUACCAUUUUAGAGUUGUAGUUGAGUUGAAAGAUAUAUUAGGUGCGACUAAAGUUUGUCAGAUGUGGGUGAAACUAAAGAUUGGAAAUAGUGAUGGAAAGUGCCGCAAAGUUACCUAUCCAGUCAGUGGCCUGAUUUAUUAUAACUUAAUCCUAAUACCACACAAAUAUUUAGGACCGGUUAUGUAAUUUAGCUGUUGCUUAACUAAUAAUUUUCAUUGGGUAACUGACAGCUAAACUAGAUAGCCGUCCACUGAUAAACCGGUCCUUAAAAACUUAUCCGAUCGGAACGUCAGAACGUUUUGAAAACAUCACUGAGAACGUGUCCAAUGAACGUUUUUCUCUAAUGCAAAUUAUCACAAUGUGAGACCCGAAAUUCAGAAACUUGGCAAGAUGUUAAAUUGGCGAGCGGUGACUUUAGUUUCUGAGUGGAGACCACUGAUCUUAUUUUAUUAAAAUAAAUAAUGCUUGUUAUUAAAUAACAGGUGUCGGUGAUAAAUAAUCUUACAAUAAAAUUAUUCGAUCUCUAAUAAGCAUCAAUUAACUCUUAAGGAAAAUUCAUGUUUCCAAGUAAAAUUUUAAUUUACAGUUUGACUCGACUCACACUCUUGCCUUCACAAUUUCUGGCUGAAAACUUACAUUUAAAAAUAAUAUAUUUACUGCUGGCCACACCUAAUUACAUGGAAAUCUUAUUAGUCGAAGGAAUUUACUUUAAUUAUGAACAAUUAAUAAAAAACUCAAAUAUUUUUGCGCUGUUAUUUCACGUCGUGCUUCUUCUCUCGGUUAAUUCGACAACUCUUUCACGCCGUAGUUCUGACUUUCUGGACACAGGUCUCUCGAUUCUCGAUUACUACUUGUUUCUUGAUUACUCAACCGACACUGGACUGGUCCUUCACGCCGUAGUUCUGCCGGUUUACUCGCUCUUUCUCGAACAAUGGUUUUCUCGAACACUGAUUCUCUCCUGCCAAAGUUGUCUUUUUAUAUUAUUAUAUAAAGCCUAUUGUCUUGAAUUUCUUUAUUGUUUCUGACCUCGAUUUUUCGUGGUUGAAUUAUCCGAUCAAUUAGUGUAUUUGGUCCCUUUUUAAUUAAUUAUCAAGGGCGUCGUUAAGUAGUUUGUUAAGUGGGAAUC